ACCCGCCGGUAAUUUGAAUGGCGGGUAAUUUGAAAUUGCUACAUCGGUGUUACAGUCCCAAGGCUUUAAACACAGAAUUUCUCCGUUGAAAGCAAAACAAAAUCCCAAAUAUUUCUUUAGACAAGUUUUCCAAUAAAUACGGAACUAGAUGCGACUCAGCUUAUACUUACAGCAAAGUCUGUUGUGACUGCCAGCUGAUAACAUGUCGAAGUUGCUCCUGUCAAUCACAUUGCUUCUCUACCUAGGCUUUGUAUUGGGUUUUGACGAAGAAUUACCUAGAAUCGCAAUAGUUGGUGCUGGCAUUGGAGGCACAUCAACAGCUUACUACCUACGUCAACUGUUUGGGGACCAAGCUGUCAUAGAUAUAUAUGAAUCCAAUAAAGUUGGCGGACGUUUGGACUCUUUCGAAUUUGAUGGAGAAUCCAUUGAAACCGGUGGCAGCACACUUCAUCCAAAAAAUGCUUACAUGCUGAAUUUUACAAAGAUUUUAGGCUUGGAAGCAAAACAGCUUGAAAGCAAUGGAUUUGGAAUAUAUGAUGGCAAAGAGUUUCUGUUUAAAACCAGUAGUUACAAAAUUAUAACCAUCCUGAAAGCUUUCUGGCGUUAUGGAAAUGAUCUGCAGAGAAUUGCAAAUUGGAUUGACGAUUUGAUUACCAAAAAAUUUUGCCGGAUCUACAAUCAUCAAUUGAAAGGGUAUGCCUUUACCACUGUGAAAGAUCUGCUGUUAUCCAUGGACCAAUUAAUGCUAAACUUAACCACCAGACCUUUAGAAGAAACUCUGAAAGAAAUGGGCUUUUCUGACCGCUUUAUUGCAGAGCCUGUUACUGUGGCUGUCCGAACAAAUUAUGGCCAGACAGUCAAUAUUCAAUCAUUUGCUGGGUCUAUCUCACUGGCAGGUAUGCAACCUGGUUUGUUUGCCAUAAAGGGUGGAAACAAGCAGGUGGCCGAAAAACUAUUAACAGAGUCUAAAGCAAAUUUUAUUCACGCCGAAUUAAAAAAAAUCUCACUGUUAAAGGAACACGAUUCAAUACAAUAUGAAUUAUUCUAUAAACCCCACAACUCGACCGAAAAAAACUCCAUGCAAAAUCAUAUAUACGAUAUUGUCAUAAUUGCUAUGCCACUCAAUCAGGAUAGCAAGGAUAUUAAAUUUGAAGGAUUUAUAUCACCAUUAUCCUACAGCCAACCUUUUUACCGAACUGUGGCCACAUUCAUUCAAGGAGAGGUAAACGCCUCGUUUUUUGAUUUUGAAAAAGAAGGCGACCUGCCGAAUAGUAUUUUGAUUAACGCAGAACCAUACUUCAUAAAUUCCAUUUCAAAGAAACGAAAGAACCUCUGGAAGGUAUUCUCCCGGGAACUGCUAACCGAAAGCGAGAAAAAUCUGUUGUUCAAAACCAUUGAGAAAACGACCGUCUAUAACUGGGUAGCCUACCCUGCUUACAGCUCCUCUCAGAAGUUACUUCCCUUUGUUCUACACGACCAACUCUACUAUGUGAACGCUAUCGAAAGUGCUGCUUCUACGAUCGAGACCAGUGUAAUCGCUGCUAGAAACGUGGCACUGCUUGUCAAAAACCAUUGGUUCAAUCUCUUUGAUUAUAUCGAUGAAAUACCAAAUGAAUCAGAGGAAAAUAAAAUAAAAGGAGAAUUGUAGCCAUUUUUCUCUCUUCAUCUAGAAAGACUGGUACUACCAGCCCUUUUCUUUUUCACACUGUUUUCUUGAUUUUUUAAAUUUUUUUAGAAACAUCAAAGAUCAGAUUUAGGGUGAGAAGAAAUGGCAUGCGAAAGUCCUUCCCCUUCCUUACCCAAAUCUAGGUUCAGUUGAACUGAUAAUCGGUGCCUUUUGCUAAUUCCUCUCUCUAAAAAUGGAUGGCGUUCUAGUCAGACAUUGUAUUAGGAAGAAAGGUUCCGCUACUGCUGUAAGAUUGUCGAAAGUAUUUGUCUGCAUUUCAUCUUAUAUUUUUUGUGAUUUCAGUGAUAUAACUAUCACAUAGUUGAUAUCUUCCUGCAAUUUGUUAAUGAUGAUGUGUAUAAUUAUAGGUCUUGGUUCAUUUAAUGAUUUGUAUGUCUUUAAAAUAACUGCCUUCCAAGUAUGAUGGCUUGUUUGUCUGAGAAAAGAAACUAGAAGAUGCUAGCUUCCAGAUAUUAUAAUUUGUAUUUAUAAGGAAAAUUUCUGGCUACUAGAUACUUUGGUUUGUUUGUCUACCAAGAGAAGCUGCCUUCCAAACAUUAUGUGUGUAUAUCUAAGAAAAGAGGCUAGCUAGCUUCCUAAUAUACCUUGUAUGUAUAGGGAAAAGGCUGACUAGUAGAUAUAGUGGUUUGUUUACCUAGCACAGGCAUGAGCAACCUUUUCUCAAGAAGCAGGCCACAUGAGACAUGGCUUCGCUGUGUAACAAAAUUUUUAUUUUUGUCUUUGGUCAGUAAGGGUUAUUUCAUGUUUGCUUCUAUUUAGAAAUGAAAGGAAAUCACUACUAGUCCCUUCCUGGACAUCUAUGUUUUGAAACUGACCUAUUUUCCAUUACAUUUCAAAUAGUCAGUGUUGAGUUGCUGAAGUAGAAUUUUCUAGAACAGUCUGGUGACGUAGAUAGCAGUAUAAAUACAGGGAUCAUAAGCUUAACAGUUCAGUUUAUUUCUGUGUCCAAGUUUGAGGAAAACAAAUUGAAGAAAAUAUCAGCCAUUUAUCAUAAUUUCCAAGGGAAGGCAAAUAGGAAAUAACAGUUGCUACCUGUGGACAAAGAUCAUGUUACAUAGUUUUAUCAGGCAUGUCGUACUACUAGAAAAAACUGAAGGCAAUUUUCUUCUUAGGCAUGACAUUCAGGAAGUCCCCCUGGCCAUAGUUUUCCCAUGACUGGUAUAGGAGCUAGUUCUUGAGGAGGUUAGAAGCAAGAAGAUAAAAUCCAUUUGUGUUUCAACAUAUCAAUCUAAUAUAAAAAUGGAGAGUAAUCCACUGACAGACUGACUUAGAACAGUGAUUCCCAAUGUGAGGCAUACACACCCCCACUAGUGGAGCCUGGGAAAAUUGUGAUGGGACAUGAGAUCCAAAAUUAUUUCUGUUUUUUUUUUUCUUCAGUGGGACAUGGAAUUGUGAAAAUCUUUCUCUUACAGCAAACAUAUAAAAUAAAUGCGCCCUUUUAAAGCCUAGCCAGGCUCAUGGGCCCAGUUUCCAGGUUUCAAUGGCGUAUGCGUUCCCCAGCUGGAUGGGAGGCCAGUCCAUCGCAGCGUUACUCAUUUUUGCCAGCUGAGUGGACUGGAGCAACGUGAAAUGAAGUGUUUUGUUCAAGAACACAACGCGUCGCCCGGUCUAGGAAUCGAAACCACAAUCUUACGAUCAUGAUGCUGACACCCUAACCACUAAGCCAUGCGCCUCCACUACAUACAUACAUACUACACCUUUAUUCAGCUUAGCCAAGCCAAUCCUUCCAGUUAGGCAUACUAUGUGAACUCUAUAGAGCUAUUCUAAAGCCUUGGUGUGGAUAUUUCUUUAAGGAAAUUAUGUAAUUAUGAAAUAUUAAAAAUAAAGUUUUUUUUCCAACCACUAAUGGGGCAUACAUUUUUCUGGAAAGUUAUAGUGGGACCUGGGAGAAAAUAGGUUGGAAAACACUGUUCUAGAAUGUCUGUGACAAUGACAACUCUACCAUUGUGUAAAAAAUGAAAUACCGUUUUUUUUUCUCACAUCUAUCAUAUAACAAGACUGCUGUCAAGAGAAUCUUUGUAUUGUUUAAAGAGUUCAUUUCAAAAACCUUCUUAUAAUUAUUGAAGUGUUCAUCAACAAUAAAUAAAUAAACAAAUCUUCAAGAUAUUGUGCUUUAAAGAAAAUCCUUUAUGAAGAACAGAUAUGAGUUUUUUAUGGGCUGCUUAGCUGUGUUCCUGCAAAUAGUUUAGAAUUCCUUAUGUUAAGAGUUAAAGUAAGAAUUCCAGUGAAGAAUGAUAUUUUUAAGAUUGUAUGGGAGGUAAGAGGGACUUUGGUAUAGAACAGAAAGAGAAAUUAAUGAAUUAUCGUGUGUGCAUGUGCAUAUGUGUGUGUAUGACAGUUGCUGUUUAGCCCCUGGUCUUCUCUGAUCCUGUAGACAUAUAAUUAAAGAUAUUCUGGCUGUGACCAUCCUGAGUUUAUCAGGUCAUCCCAUAAGUUCUGUCUGAAUUUUGAAUAAAGAAAACAAGUGAUCAAAUGUCAUAUUUAAUUGAAAUUUAAUCAUCAAUGUACUUUCCCUGAUUAUCUAUGACUUCCUUCCAUCUAUUUACAAGCUUUUUAAUCCCAUCAAUGUAAAACUCUUUUGGUUUCAAAGCGAAGAACUCUGAAAUGUCAGUUUCGACCUUCUCCUGGCUUGCGAAAGUUAUGUCCCCUAAAUGAUUCUGUAAACUACGAAACAAAUGGUAGUCUGAAGGAGCAAGGUUGGGAGAAUAUGGUGGAUGAGGAAUUUUUUCCCAACCAAGCUCAUCAAUCAUCUGUGAUGUGAUCUUUGCAGUCUGGGGUCGUGCAUUGUCCUGAUGAAACAUCACUCUUUUUCAAUUCACUAAAGCAGCUCUUUUUUUCUUCAAAGCUUGGUUCAAACACUCUAAUUGCUGACAGUAGACUUGAGCAUUGAUUGUUGCAUUAGGUGGUAACAAUUCAAAGCCAAUUACUCCUUUACAAUCCCACCAGAUAGAAAGAAGAACCUUUUUCCCAUGAAGUUCCCUUCUCGGUCGUAGUUGAGCUUUUUCCCUUUUACCAAGCCACUGUUUACGACGUUUAACAUUUCAAUAGAAUAUCCAUUUCUCAGAACCAGUCAGAAGUUUAUCCAAAAAGGGUGAAAUGAGUUCACGAGAAUGGAGAGAAGAGCAGAUGUUAACUCGCUUUGGGACAAUUCAUGAGGUACCCAUUUUCUAAGUUUAGGAAUCUUUCCAAGUUGUUGAAGAUGACAAUGAACAGUUGUAUGGUUUGAACUAAGCUUUAUUGCUAAUUCUUCAACUGAUAAUGCAGGAUUUUCUUCAAGUAAUGCCUCAAGGAGCUUAUCAUCAAACUCAACUGGACGUCCUGUUCGAUCUUCAUCGUCAAGGCUGAAAUCUCCAUUUCUGAAUUUUGCAAACCAUCUUCUGCAAGUUCUUUCAUUCUAGCAUUCUUUCCCAUAAACUGAGUGUAUGUUUUGAGUCGCUUCGGCUGCAGAGUUUCCUUUUUUGUACUAAUAAAGCAUUAUGUGCCUCAAAUGCUCUUUGGAUGCUUCCAUGUUAGAAAGGGUUUUAAUCAAAGAAAUUUUAAUUCUAUUAUUCUGUAAAAUAAUAUUUAAUUAGUUUAAAUGUACACAAAUGCAUAAGAAUAAUUUUUAAUUCCAUUAGACAUUCUAAAAUACUAUUAAAUUUCAUUCAGUUUUAAAAAAGGUAAAACCGGACAGAAGUUAUGGGAUGACCUGAAACGUGUGUGUGUGUGUGUGUGUGUACACACAUGAAUAAAUAUAUAUAUAUAUAUAUAUGGGUGUGUGUGUGUGUGUGCAUGUGAAAGCAUAUGGCCUAGUGGUUAUGGCUUGCACUUAGAAUUGCAAGGUCACAGCUUCAAUUCCUGGACUGGGUGGUGCGUUGUGUUUUGGAUCAAGGCACUUCGUUUUACAUUGCCCCAGUCCACUCAGCUGUAAAUGGGUAACCCUGCAACAGUGACAGACUGACCUGCUGUACCGGAGGAGUGUUGUCAUAUUGGUUACUUAUGGAAACUGGGUGAUCAGCUCUGUGAGUUUCAGACCUCUACACCGUGCUUACUAUAUAUGUGUGUAUGUGUGUGUAUAUAUAUAUAUAUAUAUAUAUAUGUGUGUGUGUGCAGGAGUAGCUGUGUGGUAAGAAACUUGCUUCCCAAGCACACGGUUUUGGGUUCAGUUCCACUGCGUGGCACCUUGGCCGAGUAUUCUACUAUAGCCUCAGGCUGACCAAAGCCUUAUGAGUGGAUUUGGUUGAUGGAAACUGAAAGAAGCCUGUAUGUAUAUGUAUGUGUGUCUGUGUUUGUUUCUCCACCAUUGCUUGACAACCAAUGUUGAUGUAUUUAUGUCUGUAACUUAGCAGUUCGGCAAAAGAGCCCAAAUGAAUAAGUACUUGGGGGUUGAUUUGUUCGAGUAAAGGUGGUGUUCCAGCAUGGCCGCAGUCAGAUGAUUAAAACAAAUAAAAGAAUAUACAGUAAUCCCUCGCCGUAUCCUGGUUUAUUAUUUAAGCUUAUGUCGACCCUUCCCCAUCGGUACUCAACUGGAACUUAUUUUAUUGACCCCCGCCACCACCACCAAAGGUUGAAAGUCAAAGUCAACCUCAGUGGUAUUUGAUCUCGGGAAUAUAAAACCAGAACGAAUGCUGUUAGCAUUUUGGCCAACCUUCUGAUGAUUCUGCCAGCUUGCUGAUUUGCCAUGCAUGUGUAAUACAAUUAUGAAUAAAUAUAGAAUUAAAGACAAAAAUUACUUAACGUUGCUUUUGCAAAUUAUUUAACCUAAUUGUUGCUAUUUCUUGUGGGACCCUGACUGACUUCUCGUGGAACCUGAGGGUCGUGGGGGAACCCCAUUUGAGAAGCUCACAGGCAGCUAAAGUGGUGAGUUAAAGUUUUCAUAUUUAGUUACGAAGCUUACAAAGCUAACAAUAUAUAUUAAAUUUGACGACUGGCACCCAUGCCAACGUCGUCUCCCUUAUUGGGGCAAGCGAAAGCGAAAUUGUGAUGGCAUCUGUGCCCAGUGACGCCUUUCUGGCACUUGUGCCCGCGGCAUGUGUAAGGACUUUCGAGCGAAAUCGUUGCCAGUGCCCUUGGACUGGCUCUUGUGCAGGUGGCACAUAAAAUACACCAUUUUGAGCGUGGCCGUUGUCAGUACCGCCUGACUGGCCUUCGUGCCGGUGGCACAUAAAAGCACCCACUACACUCUCUGAGUGGUUGGCGUGAGGAAGGGCAUCCAGCUGUAGAAACUGCCAAAUCAGAUUGGAACCUGGUGUAGCCAUCUGGUUUCACCAGUCCUCAGUCAAAUCGUCCAACCCAUGCUAGCAUGGAAAGCGGACGUUAGACGACGAUGAUGAUUAUAUAUAUAUAUAUAUAUAUAUACAUAUAUAUAUAUAUAUAUAUAUAUAAACGCAUACAUACACACAUGUAUAUAUAAAUACUAUAUUUGAAGUAUAUCCAGAGUUGUUAUCUGUACUUUCAGGAAGACUGAAAAUAAUAAUGAAUGAAGUCCUUCACUGGAUUACUUUUAACCCUGUCAAAUGUAAUGCUUAUUUAUUCACAUUGUUUUGAAUCAAUCAUGGAUUAUUUUGUAGCUUCGGGAUUUCAAUGAUGUGAUUGUUUAUCUUUAGAAUGACAUUGUAGAGUAGGUGUGAGAGACUAGAUAUGGCUGGUUUAAAUGCUGAAGGCUGAGAUACCCAUCAGUUACUAUCAUUGUGCUAUUUAGAACUCAACUGUCCAACAGUCAGCCUUACAAUUAUAUUACUAGUCAUUAACAAAAUAGUGUUUUGUUCUUACCACCAGGGCCUAGAAGAGUGAAGUUUCAGCUGGUACAGUGUUCUGGGGAGUGGAGUGCCAAGAAGGAGCCUAUGGUAUCUAGGCCUCUUCCUAAAAAACAAACUAAAACCCCCAUAGCCACCCCAUUGAAUUUUGAAAGGCAAUCCCCUGCCUUCCAGGACCUUUAAAUUUCUCCCUGAGACUCUGCUUACCACAUAUUUUGAGUUAAGUUUGUUCAUGUUACAUGUUAUUAGGUAAGUUAUCAGUGACAUACCUCUAUCCCACCUCCUUGUGUGGCUGACUUUGUAGUUAGCUUAAUUAAAGCAUGGAGAAAUUUGAUAGCUAAAGCUAACUUAACCUGUCUGUCUAUCUCUUUGCCUCACCACAUAUUUCUAGUUAGCUUUUUCAAUGCCCUGAGUUAACACCAGCUUACCUAUUUUCGUUAUACUUCAUACAUAUAACAUCUCUGAAUCCUGUGUGUGUGUUAUUUCUUUACUACCCCACAAGGGGCUACACACAGAGGGGACAAACAAGGACAGACAAAGGGAUUAAGUCGAUUAUAUCGACCCCAGUGCGUAACUGGUACUUAUUUAAUCGACCCCGAAAGGAUGAAAGGCAAAGUCAACCUCGGCGGAAUUUGAACUCAGAACGUAGCGGCAGACGAAAUACUGCUAAGCAUUUCGCCCGACGUGCUAACGUUUCUGCCAGCUCACCGCCUUAAUGUGUGUGUGUGUGUAUAUAUAGUCCAACCCAUGCCAGCAUGGACAACAGACAUUAAAUGAUGAUUUUAUAUAUAUAUAUAUAUAAUAUAUCAGAGGCUGUUAUACACCACUGAUCACAAUGCGCUUCCAGUUCUGUCUAGAUUGUACCCUUCUUUUCUGUUUUGACCUGAAUUGCUUGACUGAAUUAUUUUAUCACCAUUGUGGAAGCCUUCCAAAUGGUAUUUUCCAGUCUCUUGGACACCACUUGGCUACUGCACAGGUUCACCCAUCUAUUGUCUGUGAGCCUUGCAAAAUGUCCGGCUCAACAAAACUUGCAACGUCUGUAAGUAUUCUUUUAUUUGUUUCAGUCGUUUGACUGUGGCCAUGCUGGAGCAGUGCCUUUCAUUCGAAGAAGUCAACCCCGGGACUUAUUCUUUGUAAGCCCGGUACUUAUUCUAUCAAUCUAUUUUGCUGAACUGCUAAGUUAUGGGGAUGUAAACACACCAACAUCAGUUGUCAAGUGAUGGAGGGGGACAAACACAGACACAUGAAAAUAUAUAUACAUAUAUAUACACACACACAUAUAUAUAUAUACAUACAUAUACACACACACACACACACACACAUAUAUUACACAAACAUAUACGAUAGGCUUCUUUCAGUUUCUCUCUACCAAAUCCACUCAGAAAGCUUUGGUCGGCCCGAGGCUAUAGUAGAAGACACUUGCCCAAGGUGCCACGCAGUGGGACUGAACACAGAACCAUGUGGUUGGGAAGCAAGCUUCUUACCACAUAGUCACAUUUGCACCUAUGUAUAUGUAUAUUUAUAUAUAUUAUUUAUUAAAACCCCCCAAAAAAUCUUCACAAACUGUUACUCAGUGUUUCAUGUGACCAUUCAUCAGACAGUUGCAAUAAUAUUGAAUAAUAAAUGAUGUAUGAAGAUAUUUCUGGUUUUGUAUUUUGCCCACUUUGUUUUGCAUCUGUAUGUGCAUGUGUGUUUGUGCAUGCAUGAUGUUUCCUCUCUUUUCAUACAUGUAAGUUAAAAAAAAAAGUAUAUAUAUCUUCCUCUGAAGCCAGAUUAAUUUUUACAACUUGAUAUUAUGAUAUUCACUAGCUUACUGUAUUAAUUCACUGUGUAGAGUUCUAUAUCUUCUGUGUAUGGGAACGGAUGGCUUUUGAAACAUGUAAAUAUUCAUCUCGUGUCAUGUCGGAUGAAAUAAAAUGUUUAUACUUUC